AUGGGGAGGUUUCACGCCCGACUAUACAAGACCGACCGUGCGCGGGACUUCGAUCAUGAACAGGAUCGAUAUGUCCGCAUGCGCCAGAUCUACGAGACCAUCGACCGACAGGGCUAUCAGUGGAUUGUCGUGCUGGUCGCUGGUCUCGGUUUCUUCCUUGAUGGUUACACACUCUUUGCCAGUAACAUGGCUUUGCCUAUGAUCUCUUACGUCUAUUGGAGAGACGAGACCUCGUCUCUGCGACUGACUGGUAUCAAUAUCGCAACUUUGGCUGGUACGCUAUUUGGUAUGGUGAUCUUUGGGUUUUUGGCCGAUAAGAAUGGCCGAAAGAAGAUGUAUGGUGUGGAGCUGGUCCUUUUGAUUACGUCCACGCUUGGCGUUGUCAUGUCGUCCCAGGGCGAGAAUGGCAGUAUGAAUAUCUAUGCCUGGUUGAUCUGGUGGAGAAUCUGCGUCGGAAUCGGUGUUGGUGCAGACUACCCAUUGUCUGCGGUGAUCACAUCCGAAUUCGCUCCGACGAAACACCGUGCCCGUAUGAUGGCCAGCGUCUUCUUUAUGCAGCCGCUGGGACAGAUCGCAGGAAACUUGGUGUCUCUAAUCGUCAUCGCUAUCGCUCGUGGCAAGGGUUCCGACGACCUCACCCGUACUGUCGACGUUAUGUGGCGUUGGGUGCUUGGUAUCGGUGUCAUACCGGGUGCUAUUGCGACUCUGUUCCGGUUUGCGAUUCCUGAGAGUCCGCGCUAUCUCGUCGAGAUCGAAGAUGACCCCGUCACUGCCCAGUUUGAUGCGACCACGCUCUUUAGCGAGCAGCCCACAAGCCCUGCUCUCGAGCAACCUAAUUUCGGAUAUGCAACGGGCAGUGCUAUCCAGCUACCACCGAUGUCGUCACUGGGCAGUGACUCCGUCGAUGAGGACGAGGACUACAGUCGUUUGGCCCCUGCAACGCUCAACUCUCAUUGGCGCCUCGCACGCACAGAUAUCAUCCGCUACUUCUGGACCGAAGGUAACUGGCGCAGCUUGGCUGGCACUGCUUUCGCCUGGUUACUUCUUGAUUUUGGAUACUAUGGAAUCGGUCUUUCCAGCCCGCAGUUCCUGGCUAAAACAUGGGGUGCUCUGCACAUUUCUGGCUCAGCACCCGUUUGGCAGACCGAUGACCGGCCUGGCGUUAGCGUCUACGAUCAACUCUUUGACACCUCUGUUCGUGGUCUUGUCAUUCUGAACAUUGGCAGCUUCGUCGGAGGUCUCCUUUUCAUUCUUUUCGCACACCGCAUUGACCGUGUCGCUCUCCAAAAGUACAUGUUCCUGGCCCUGGCCGCUCUUUUCAUCGCCCUGGGCAGCAUGUUCAUCACUCUCUAUUCUGGCCCACCAGCUGUUGUCACUUUGUACAUCAUUGGCCAAAUUCUUUUCAACUUUGGUCCCAAUGCAACCACUUACAUGAUUCCUGCCGAAAUCUUUCCUACCCGUUACCGCGGCACUUGCCACGGCAUCAGCGCUGGCGCCGGCAAACUCGGCUCGAUCCUCGUCCAAAUCUUCUCAACAUAUUACCCCUUCGGAGGUGCAGAUGUAGCUUCAACACGCCGCCACGGCAUCAUUCUUUUCGUCUUCAGCGCAUGCAUGAUUCUCGGCGCUGUAGUCACCCACCCUCUGUAUCCCGCCCUUGCAACAAAAGAAGGGCUCAAACUUGAUCUGGGGCGGCAAGCCGUAUACCCUCGAGACAUUAUCCCUCGGCCGAAUGGGCCGUAA